UUGAAAAUCCCUGCUAUAUACAUACAUGGAGCUAAGCGAGUUACACAAGAAACUUCACCUAUCUGUAUGGUGAUACAUCAGGCGACUGAUGACAUCGCCAGAAACGUCUGGUCAUUUCGACGCUCUCUACCACAUUUCUGCUUCACACUACCAUUAAAACGUUAAACACUGUUCUCCUGGCUUCCCGAAUUCGCCUCUAACUAUUCUGAAAGGUUAUUAAAGCUAUAUGCUAUUCAGCGAAGUUGUCCACUAGCAGGCCACCUCAGCGGCAAGCUUGGCUGUCGCUGAUUCGCUUACAAAGAUGGCAAAUGAAGCAAAACCAUGCCCCUGUGAUAUUGGUGAUCGGAUGGAGUAUGGUGGGCUGGGCCAGGAGGUCCAGAUAGAUCACAUUAAAGCUUAUGUAGUGAAGCCAUCCACUGUGUCUGACAAGGCUAUUAUUGUCAUACAAGACAUCUUUGGCUGGCAGCUUCCCAACACAAGAUACAUGGCUGACAUGCUGUCUGCCAAUGGAUACAUUGCUGUUUGUCCAGAUUUCUAUGUUGGAAAAGAGCCAUGGAGUCCAUCACAUGACUGGUCCAAAUUUCAGGAGUGGUAUGAGGACAAAAAGCCAACAAACAUAAACAAAGAGGUUGAUGUAGUAUUAAGGUACCUGAAGGAGCAGUGUGGGGCCAAACACAUCGGAGCAGUGGGCUUCUGCUGGGGUGGGGCUGCCACACAUUACCUGGCUCUGCAGUAUCCAGAAGUCAAAGCUGGAGUAUCAUUCUAUGGGAUCAUCCAGGAGAGGGAAGAAAUAUAUGGGCUGAAAAGUCCCACACUGUUUGUCUUUGCGGAGAACGAUCACGUUAUCCCACUGGACCAGGUGGAAGCCCUUGAAGUAAAACUGAAGAAGAAAUGCACAGUUGAUUACCAGGUGAAGAUCUUUCCUGGACAGACUCAUGGGUUUGUCCACCGCAAGAGAGAGGACAUCAACCCUGCAGACAAACCCAGCAUCCAGGAGGCCAGAACAGACAUGCUCAACUGGCUCAACAAGUACAUCUAAAUGAGAAGGUCAGAAACAGCACACUAGAGUAAGCUACUCAUUAAACACAAGUGGCUAAUGGUGCCAAGUAACUAUGCUUCUAAUCAGGACCAGCUGACAUCAAUACAGGAUGAGAUCCUUAAAAGGGCCAAAUGUAAAAUGUGAAGGUGAUUGCUAUUGCUCAUGAUUUUUCUUUGAUUGUUGAUAUUCCACAAUUUCUCCAGAUGAUUUACAUUUUAUUUUGUAAGGCCUGGAGGGUGUCUGAUCUUCAGAUACUAAUAAAAUGUGAUUGUAAUAUCAGUGAAAUGUCAGAUAUGUUUAACGCUGCCUUGUGCAAACUGUAUGGAUGCAGUAAACUGUCUUGUAAAAGUAGGAUGCAGACAGAUAAUUUUUUAUACACUUGCUUGCCAGAUCCUUUAAAUUUUAACUUCCAUAAAACAUGUA